CACUGUUGAUUUUGUCUUUCUCAUUUCUUAGAAAGUUCUAUUUGUUUACUUAUACGAUAUAUGUCAAGAUGAAUCGGUUACAAUUGGCAAGAUCUAUAGCUCGGCCUCUCUCCAUUACAGCCAUUCCAACGAUUCCACAAAAAGCUUCCCAAGUCCAAAGAACAACAGAGAACCGAUUUGACUAUCAGAGACGGAAAAAAUCCUCCCAGGCGACUAAGGAUAUAGCCCCCAGUGCGCACCCAGCUUCGCUCGCCGAUGUUAAGCCAAGCAACCUAGUCGACUAUGCCCUUACGACGCUGGAUAAGAUAGCCAGUUGGGGCCGCACUGGCUCCCUCUGGCCAUUGAGCUUCGGUCUCGCUUGCUGCAGUAUCGAAAUGAUGCACGUUUCAAUGCCACGCUACGACCAAGACCGUCUGGGCAUCAUUUUCCGUGCCUCCCCCAGACAGUCAGACGUAAUGAUCGUCGCAGGGACUGUCACAAACAAAAUGGCUCCUGCAUUGCGACAAGUCUACGAUCAGAUGCCCGAGCCGCGUUGGGUCAUCAGCAUGGGAUCUUGUGCGAAUGGGGGAGGGUACUAUUACUACAGCUAUAGCGUUGUUAGGGGAGUUGAUCGCAUUGUGCCGGUAGAUAUAUUCGUUCCUGGCUGUCCACCUACUGCUGAGGCUUUGAUGUAUGGCGUGUUUCAGCUGCAGAGGAAGAUCAGGAGUCAAAGAGCUUCGAGGAUGUGGUAUCGAAAGAAGUAG